AUGGCUAAAAUUCAACUUAAGGGUGUGGACUAUGAUUCGAACGAAUCUGUACCCAAGCGCAGCGAAGAAGCAAAUAUGGAAGAUAAAGAACCUGGAAUAACACCAAACCCUCCGGCGAAUGAUGAAGAAACAACCCAUGAAGAAACUUGGGGUGAAGAAGAAUCAUUGACGGAAGCAGAACCAGCCGGUACGAAAACCACCAAAGAAGCCCCAGAAACCGCACCAACACCCAUGGAGGAAACGGAUACAAUAGCCGAGGAAGAGUGUGUGGUAGAAUCCCAGAAAGAAGGCGAGGGAGAUGUAUCUGAGGAUGAGGCUUCAAGAAGAGAAGGCGAGGAAGAGAAAUCAGAGAAAGAAGCCGAGGAAGAGGAAUCAGAGAAAGAAGCCGAGGAAGAGGAAUCAGAGAAAAAAGCCGAGGAAGAGGAAUCCGAGAAAGAAACAGGAGAAGAGGAAGUCGAGGAUGAGCAAUCCAAGAAAGAUAGUGGAGAAGAGGAGUCCGAGAAAGAAGUAGACGAAGAGGGAGGGGGGACACCCGAGAAAGACGACGAGGGAGAAGGAGAGGAAGGACAUGAAGAGGAAGGAAAUGAAGAGGAAGAAAAUGCAGCGGAAGAAGAUGAUGGCGAAGAGGCAGAUGAAGAUUUAGAGGAUGCCGAUGAUGGUAGUCAACCGAUGGUGCCUGAGAAGCAUCCUCCUCAAAGACCGUUAGAGGUCGAGGUGGAACUAAGAGGCCCAGGAAGAAUUCACAGUACAAGAAGUCGCCUUAUACUUCUGCGAGAAAAGCCAAGAAAGCCAAGAAGUAGAAUGUUUUAUGUUUAA